AUGGGUCGAAAAAACAGAAAAAAAGGAGGAAAAAACAGGCGUCAUCAGCCCCCUCUACCACCAUUAGGAGAAGAUUUCAAGUAAAAUCUUUAUCUGGAAGGUAUUAAGUAUUUAACAAUAAAAGCUUUGGAGGGCAUCAAUAAAUUAAAACUUUCAAAAGAGCUCUUCCUUUAGAAAUAAGUGAAGGAAGCUUAUUUGUUAUCAAAAAGCUGGUUGGAAACUUGGAAGAUUCAUGUUGGUUAUGAUGCCGUGUUUAAAGGUGAUCAACCAGGAGGCAAGAAAUAUGGAAGACAAUAAAUAGGAGAGAUCAAUAAGGACAUAGUUGGAAAUGCGGAAUUAUUUCAUUCUGCACCAGAAUUGUAUUUUUAUUUUGAUCCUCCACUGAAUGAUGUCCAACCUGUAAAAGAUUACAUCCUGAUUACAUAAGAUGUUUGGGAAUUCUUUAGUGAGAAAUACAAGGGGAAGGCUGUAAAGAGGAUAUCAAACGAACAAGGAGAGUUUAGUUUGCUGAUAAUAAGUGUAAUUAUUUUAGUUGAUACCUAAGCCCUAUGUAAUUUUUAUGACUCAAGAUAAGUUGAACGAAAUUGGUGCACUUAAUUAAAACUAGGUGACUAAUUCCUUAGAUUUGUUGAGAAUGAGGAAAGCUUAAAUGUUUAGUGAAUGGAAAUUCAGAGACUUGGAAACCUAUUGUUAAUAAAUAAUGGAGAAUCAAGAUAUUCAAAUUUGGUUAAUGAAUCCUAUAUAUGAAUAAAAUCAAAUCAAACUGCAAUUAAUGAAGGCAAUUCAUUAGAAUAAAAAUAUACUGUUGGGUGAAUAAUUAUUAGAAGCAGAAUAUUAGCAACUGCAAUUAUCUCAGUUUUUAAAAAACCAUUUUAUAUUGGUAGUAUUUUCAAAUAAGGUUGAAAUAUCUUAAUUGGAUGUUAAAUUCGAUUUAAAUUAAAAUGGAUGUUGCUUAAAUUGUGGAUCGAAGGCUAUAUUGAAUUAUUCUUGUGCUUGCAAAAAAGUAUUUUAUUGUAGUGAUACUUGCAGAUAUAAGGAUUAAGAAUUUCAUUCAAGACAAUGCACAAAAGCCUAUGAUUCACAAGAUGAUGACGACUUUGAUGCAAUCACUUAUGACAAUCUUUCUACUAAAUAGGGAGUAGGAUUAGUCAAUUUGGGUAAUACUUGUUAUAUGAAUUCAUCCCUAUAGAGUCUCUUUAGUGCAACUCACUUAUAGGAAUUCCUAUCAAAUAAAUAAUACUGGACCUAAAAUACUAUUAAACGAAAUGUCCAAUUAAAUUACAAAUUAGAAAAGCUAUUAAAAAAUCUCCUGACUCAAAAUAAAGCAUUCUCUCCAUAUAGCUUCAGACAGUAAUUGGCUCGAAAAUAUCCCUUCGUAAGAAUUCAUAUCCAUAUCUUAGUUUGGCAAUAACUUUUAAUAAGAUGCCGCAGAAUUUAUAUUAUAUUUGUUUGAUGCAUUAAAUGAAGAGUUGAUUUAGAAGGAUGGCUACUAGAAGCCUGAAUUUGAAUUGUAGUAGUAAUUAGAUUUAGGUGAUGGUGACAAACCUGAACCUGAAUAAGCAAAUAGUGAUAGCGAAGAUGAUAGCAGUGAAGAACAAGAAAAUAGUGAGACUAAGCCAGCACAAUAAUAGCAGAUGUAAUUCCAUAAAAAAGUAUAAUAAAACGUAAAUUAAUUCAUAAUAUUUAGUAAAUCAAUAAUGAUAAUUACGAGUAGGCUUUGGAGUUGAUCCACAAAUUAAACAGCUCAUUUAUUCUUAAGAAUUAUUUAGGAAUCACUCGAUCAGAAAUUGAAUGUCCCAUUUGUGAAUAAAAAACAUAAAGUUAUGAAUAGUUUUUGAUUUUGCCACUCUCAUUAAAUGCUACAUCUUAAUCUAAGCAUUUAGUUGAUGUAUUUGUUAUAUCGAAUGAUUGGUAUAAACCUUAUGAAAAAAUUGUUUAUGAAUAUUAACCAAAUCAAACUCUGCUAUUAGAAGUUAAAAGAGAUAUAGGAGAGAAAUUAGGAAUUGAAGCCACCUAUCUAUUAGGCGCAUUUUGUUCUAAUAGCAUAAUUGAUAUGUAUUUGUUUCAUGAUGAGGAUCAUUUAUCAAAAGUGCUUAACGAUAAUAAAAAUAGCUAUUUUUGUUUAUUUUAAUUGGAUCAGAGCAUUUAUUCCAUAACUGAUGAGGAUUAAUAUUUUGAUGUGAUGAUCUACUCAUUUGAAAAGAAGAAUGCCUUCUCCUCUCAAUGUGAGUAUAUAUGUGCAGCCAUACCCAAGAUUCUAAUUAUCAAGAAAUAAUUUACUGCAGUUCAAAUUUAUCAAUAAGUAUGGAAUAAACUUGGAGAACAUUCCAAAUCAGAUUAACUUAUGAAUAUUUAAAUUGAUGAGCCUUAACAAGCCAACAUAUUAAAUUCAUAAUAGCUCAAAGAAGUCUUAAAUUAUCAGAUUAUAAUUCAAACUAGAUUACCAUCUAAGAUUCCUUGUCCAUUUACGUGUGGCAAACAAUUUAAGAAAGAUCAGAAACCUCAUACGUGUGAAUUGCCCUUCAAUAACUCAACUACUUUGCAUUAAUAUUUAGACAAAAUUAAUUAUGCUAAUGCCCAUACUUCAUUAUCAAUAGAAUUCUUAGAAAAUGCAAUCCCCAAUACCUUAAGAAUAGAAUUUGAACCCAAAACAAACUACCAAAAACAUGAUAAAUGUACAAAUGCAUAUGUAUAUUAUAGCAUUAAAUGUAUUAAAUUUGAUCGACAAUUUCCAAUCUAAAGAACCAUUAAUAGAUGAAAAUGCCUAUCAUUGUACAAUUUGCAACGAUCUAACCUUUGCUAUCAAAACAAUGAGCUUACAAAAACUACCUGAUUAAUUAAUCAUUCAACUCAAAAGAUUUUAAUAUGAUGAACAUAAGGGGUUCUAGAAAAACAAUAUUCUUGUCACAUAUCCAGAGGACAUUUAAAUAAACUAAAUAAAUUAUGAGUUAUAUGGUGUCGUGUUACAUUUUGGUGGAUUAGACAAUGGUCAUUAUACAGCGUAUGGUAGAAGAUAAAACAAAUGGAUUGAAUUCAAUGAUGAUACAACUAAAGAACUAAAAUAGAAUGAUGUAAUCAACGACAAGAAUGCAUACAUUCUAUUUUAUCAACAGAAAUGAUGUAUAUCUGAUGUAUUUUAAGAUAAAUCAUUUUUAUUAAGU